AAGGUACGUGCGCUCUGCAACUGUGCCCAUCUAAUCCUCCUGUUAUGAUGAUUUUCAGAUUAUAGCAUGUAUUAUCCGACUGGCGCUUGCGCCCGUGUGCGGAGCAAAUUCUUCACUGAUCUCUCUGUUGCGCUCUUUCCGCAUUUCUUCAUAGUGCAGCCUUCAGACUGACGCGUCUCAGAAUCGGCAGCAUGGCCCCGGCGAAGGCGCCUUCCGGCCAUUUCUCCAUCCUGUACUUUGCGGCCGCCUCUACGCUCACAACGAAAUCGAACGAGCAUCUCCCUGCUCCGCUCGAAGCUCGCCAUCUAUUCGCCAAGCUCGAGGAGAAGUAUCCUGGCAUCAAAGAGAAGGUGCUGAGUAGCUGUGCCGUGACGGUCAACUUGGAAUACGUCGACAUCGAUACCGAGGAUGCCGAGCAGGCGGAUCUGGUUAUCAAAGAGGGCGACGAGGUGGCUAUCAUACCGCCUGUGAGCUCUGGCUGAGCUUCGCCGGCCAUGACCGCAGGAUGGUACUAUAUCCGCCUGAGAGUGGAUGGAGCUGGGAGUGUGUCGAGCGAGCGCAGAGCCGUUGAUAGAAGCGAGAUUUGAAGGAUCUACAGGGCGCUGCGAGGCAUGGCAGGCAUCGUUGUUUGCUACGACCGAAGGCCUGCGGAUAGACGAUCCAUGGAAGGAACGAGCCGCGGCCUCUAGUGAGGAAGGCGCCAACGACGAGCAGGUGCGAGGGUGCACCCGGGCGCGGGGGCAGCGGCUGGCGAGUUUGCUCAUGGCCUUUGAAGGAUAGGGCGAAGAGGUGCCUGGUACUGCCUGCUAUUCUGUAGUAGCUGAGUUUUCACGUAUAUCAGGCUGACAGGCCUUCCGUACAUUCUCG